AUGAAGAUCGGCGCUUUCGGUUUUCUUUACAGUUAUGGCACCAGUUACAAUCCUUUUGGAUGUGGAUAUUAUGGCCAACAACAACAACAACAGCUCUUAAAAUAUCCAUGUUACGGCACUAAUUACGGCUCUAGUUCAUAUGCAGAUUAUUCAUAUGGAAGUCAACAAAACCCUUGCAGUCAAUACCAGUAUAGUGGUGGACAACAGUAUCCAUGUAUAGGAUAUCCAUUUACUGGUUCAGCUUAUCAGCAACCAUUUGGAUCAGUCUAUGGGCGAUCGAAUAUUCCAUAUCUUUGCAGCGGAUGUUUGAAUUAUAGCGGUUAUAUGGGGAAGAAAAAGUAA